UUUUUUUUUUCUUCUUCUUCUUCUCAAGAUAUCAAUUGUACCUCACAACUAACAUCAUAGUUUGUAACUCGUCCAAUGCCACUUGAAUUUGCCCAUCAACACAAUGGCCAGUACCCAGACCCAGGCCCAUGGAAGCAUGCAGAGCCAAGGCCCCUGACACUCACAGGGCCUCUCGGACUCGACUCACUUCCUACUCAACGUUUCACCAAAGUAAAGCGUGCCUCUUUUGGAUUAAACCUGAUGGUCGUCGGCGAGAGUGGUCUUGGAAAGACAACUUUUAUGAACACUUUGUUCAAUUCGGACCUCAAAGAGGAGAUUCUCCCAAAGAAUCCUCAGCAAACACAAACUGUAGAGAUCCAACCUUCAUAUUAUGAGCUGUACGAAGAUGGUGUCCAGCUUAACCUUUGCAUCGUUGACACUCCAGGGUUCGGAGACCAAUUAAACCGUGAGCACAACGUUGCCCCCAUUGUGGCAUAUAUUGACAAGCAAUUUGAGGAGUAUAUGGCCGCAGAAGGUCAUCCUGGAUUCCGCAAGAGUAUUCCUGAUACUCGAAUUCAUGCAGUCCUCUACUUUAUCGCGCCUAAUGGUCAUGGUUUAAAGGAACUUGAUGCCAAGGCUCUGAAGACUUUGUCCGCCAAGGUAAAUGUCAUCCCCAUCAUCGCCAAGGCUGACACCAUGACAGCAGAAGAAAAGGUUUCGUUCAAGAACAUCUUGCUUCAGGAUCUGGAACACCAUAACAUCAGGACCUUUCCUUCUUCUUAUCCUGAUGAGGUCGAUGGUGCCGAUGACCUUCUUCAAUAUAUCCCAUUCUCGGUCAUUGGAAGCGACAACACAGUCGAAAUUGGUGGCAGGAGAGUGCGUUGCAGGACAUAUCGUUGGGGCAUUGUAGAAGUUGAAAACGCGGAACAUUCAGACUUUGUCCACUUGCGGGAGCUCUUGAUGUCAACCUGUUUGCAUGAUUUGGUCGAGACAACCCAUACUGUGCACUAUCACCGACAUCGUGGUGAUGCUCUCCGUGCAAAGGGGCGUCCGAUCUCGAUCCUAGAAUGUGAUGACUCGUACGAAUCUCAGAUUUCGGGCACAAAGAUCAAGAACAAGGAGGAGUUGAACCGCAAAGAAGAAGAGAUCCGUCAACUGUUCGUUCAGAAGGUGAAGGAGAAGGAAACUGAGCUGCGUGAGCGUGAGGAGAAAUUGAGUACCAAGAAACAGCAAAUGGAAGCCGAGCUGGAACAGCUUCGUGCCCAGAUUGAGGCUGAACAACGAGAACUGGAUGAGGCGGUCUCGACGCUCGCGCGCAAUGGAACAAUUUCAAAAGCUCCCAGUAAGCUGUUCGCCAAGGCGAAAUAAGGAAAAGGAAUACAACUGCUCAUCUACAGUAAAUUCAUACGCGCACAUACAUACACACGCAAUAUCAUCACCAAUAAGAAUCAACAUUCAAAUAAUCCAUGAUAUCGUAUAACAGACUAGAAAAUUAAUAAUAAUAAUAAUAAUAGUAAUAUUAUCUCAGCC